AUGCCCGAACGUGACGAAGUGGUUAAUGUCACCGCUGGGCCAUCUCAGCUCCCCCUCUCAGUCCUUGAAGAGGCUGCCAAAGGCCUCAUCAACUUCAACGGUACUGGUAUAGGCAUCACGGAAAUUUCCCACAGGUCUUCCGAGUUUAUCCGUCUCAACGAAGAGCUCGAGUCUACUGUACGAGAAACAUUGGGCGUCCCAGACACCCAUGUCAUACUCUUUGCUCAAGGAGGUGCCACUACCCAGUUUGCCGCUAUUCCUAUCAAUCUUCUCGCCUGGAAGGUUCUAAAGACAAAAAGGUCUCCCAGCGAAUGGACUAUGGACUAUAUCGUCACCGGUAGCUGGAGCGCUAAAGCUGCUGAAGAGGCUGAAAGGCUCGCAUAUGGCGCAAAGGUCAACAUUGCUGCCGAUUCCCGUCAUCACUCUGCCGGUAAUUUUGACAACAUUCCUCAUCACAAGGGAUGGAAGCUCAGUCCCCCUGAAAAUUCUCUCUUUGUUUACUACUGCGAGAACGAGACUGUUGACGGUAACCAGUUUUCCGACGAAGCAGACUCGCCAGCUGCGUUCCCCUUUAACCUUGUUCCCUCGGACGUCCCUAUUGUCGCAGACUUCUCCUCUUCCUUCAUGUCGCGCCCAAUUCCUAAGAUAUCUCGUUAUGGUAUCAUAUAUGCUGGGGUACAAAAGAAUCUUGGACCGGCUGGUCUUACGAUUGUCAUCGUCCGCAAGGACCUGUUGGCGGAUCCAGUCGAAGCUCAGAAGGAGGGCGCACCACCUAUCCCAACCAUACUUUCAUACCACGUGGCGAGCAAGGCGAAGUCUCUUUACAACACACCCCCAAUGUUUUCGAUGUACACCACGCUGUUGGUUGUGAAGCACCUCAAGGCGACAGGUGGUUUGGAGAAGUUACGGGAAAUCAACAAACAAAAGCAAGCUAAACUCUACGGCGUACUCCAACAAGCUGAGAAGGCUGGAAAGGUACACAUUCGCGUCCAGGAGGCCAGUCGAAGUUGGAUGAACGUGACGUUUGAUAAUUUCAAGAGCGAGGAAGAUGCGAAAUUUGUUGAGGCCGCCAACAAGCAACGCAUUGUUGGGGUCAAGGGUCACCGUUCGGUCGGAGGAAUACGUAUAUCUCUAUAUAACGCAGUAACUCUGGAACAAGUGGAUAAGAUCGUAGCAUUUAUCAAGCAGUACUAUGCACUUUGA